AUGACAAGAAAAAAGGGUAGCAUUCGUCAGACACAUGAAGUGGAGGAGGCCGAUAUUGGAUGGAGCUUUCGGUACAUUGAUGAAAGUGCGAACCAAGAAGCUCCAUCUUUACACUCUCCAUUUGGUUGGGUGAAUUCGGGCUCCACUUUUAUUCCUACAAACGAGUGUGUUCCGAAAAUUCUCCCUGAUGUUAGUAGCACAACAUCAUCUGGGUACUUUAGUUCAAGCAGCCGCUCAGCACCGCCAGGGUUCGUUGCUGACACGGCCUUUGAUUCGUAUAGCCAGCCGGAGUUUAGUAGCCCUUCCGGUGUUCUCGAGGGGGGCAAUUCCAAGGAGAACCCAUUGUUCCCUUUGCGUCGUUCACAGUCCUGUAAGGCAGAAUGGCUCGUAAAAAGAACCCGCGUUCGCCAGAGUUGGCCGCGCCUGUCAGGCAUUUCGCGUCGGAGUGAGGAUCUCAAAUGCUGCGCCAACUUUGCUAGAUCUCUGUUUACAAGUAACGCAUCGUAUCGUCGUGUACUCGGCGCCAUUAGUAACAAGCCAGGUCUAAGUGGAUUCCGCGAUAAACGAGUUAAAUCUUGUGUUCGGUUUGCUGACUUAUCAUCGCCCACUACACCUGUGUACAAAAAACAGAGGUUUGAGAUGCGAGAGGCCCUCGUCCCGUGCGAUAUAUCUCCUGUUCGCUCGAAUCUCGACGAUACAAUUGCUCCUGAUGAUGCAGGACUCGAUGAUUUGAGUUCGCCUGAGUUUCCGCUGACGAGAGGAGGGUUGCCGUUCGAUAUUAGCUGCCGUCAAUCUACUCCUAGGAUCCAAGGAAAGGAAGCUUCUGUGUUGGAGAGCAGUUACGUUCAGGCGCAGCCCUGUAAGCUUCCUCGGUUCUCGUCUGUCCCCGCAAAUGUCGAAAACGACAGAUUAUUGUCGUUGUCGGACAGCGGUGGCGAUGGUCGCGGCCCGCGUGCUCUUCCUGUGAUAGAACGUACUGCCUCUGGUGUCAACUUUGUUAGCGCUGACACCGUAGCUCGCCUGAUAAAAGGCGAGUAUGAAGAGCGAAAGGUUAACUUCCUAAUCGUCGACUGUCGGUACCCCUAUGAGUUCGAGGGAGGUCAUGUGAAAAAUGCACUGAACGUGUACACUCCCAACGACCUCGUGCGAGAGGUUUUCUACCGGAUUCCAGCGCAAGACCCCUCUGGAGGUGAAACUCCCAUUUUUUUGGGUGACCAACUGGACCAGCUGUUGACCGCCGAAAAUCCCGAACUAUCCUUCCCCACUGUAAGCGAAUUUUCGCCAAGCAGUUCGGAGGAUUCUAUCGAGGAACAGGACAGUGAAAUGGAAGACGACGUCCUUCAACACGCACGCUCUCUGUCCAUGAAUAGCCCGGAAUCUUCAUCGCUGGACGAAUCUGCCCCGACAGAAAGGCAGAGUCCCAUGUCGAUCGAAUGCAGUGUCAGAACGGAUGAUCAAAGCCCAGUUGAACCAAGUUUCGUUGUCAUUUUCCAUUGCGAGUUCUCAUCUCAACGAGCGCCCUCCAUGGCAACCUUUUUAAGAAAUAUCGAUCGAACGAUGAAUUGCAAUCGCUACCCAUUUUUGUUCUUUCCGGAGUUAUACGUGAUGAAAGGAGGGUACUCAGAGUUUCACAAGCGGUUCCCGGAGCACUGCGAACCAAGCAAUUACGUGACCAUGUUCGACAUUGAAUUCCGUGGAGAGCUUCGGUUUUACCGCUAUCUGACGAAGCGCGUCUUCACGGCGUGCCAGCGCUGCUUUCGCGAUGCCCAAUUUCUUCCCCGUUACUCCACCGCGCAGCUUACCUUUGAACACUUCACGUCAAACAACAAGGACAGUUCCGCUUCCCGGUUGAUGAAAGCGGCAUCAAUGGGAGACAAGGCUUCCACUUCACGUCUGACGGAGUCUAUCCGUGAUUUAGUUCAUCAUUUCCCAGAAUGGGGCUGCCCCUGUGCUCGAGGGUUCGUGUGUUUGCAAGGCAGGCGAUAUUCGGAACUUGUGACGGCGAAUUCCAAUUUCUCGGCCAUCCUAUCAUGUUUUCUCUUGAAACACGACGAAUGA